GUAUAAAUACAUGCAGCCAGUACCAGCGCUUCAUGCGAACCACCAGUCAUUGGAGUGUUCAUGCUAUCAGAGGUCCAGCCUUAGUAUUGCGCAGCGGAUCGCAGUGUUCAUAGCCUUACUAAGGGCAAAACCUUCACUGAGUAGCAGAUCUUCGCAAGCGCAAGCGAAAUGGUGAAGGAAACUGGCUAUUAUGAUACUCUCGGGGUGAAACCCAGUUCUUCUCCUGAUGAAAUUAAAAAAGCUUACCGCAAGCUGGCCUUAAAAUACCACCCAGACAAAAAUCCCAAUGAAGGAGAAAAGUUUAAGCUAAUCUCCCAAGCUUAUGAGGUGCUUUCUGACCCAAAAAAGAGAGACAUCUAUGAUCAGGGUGGAGAGCAAGCCAUCAAAGAAGGUGGAAUGUCUAGCAACCACUUCUCCUCUCCUAUGGACAUUUUUGACAUGUUCUUUGGUGGUGGUAGCCGCAUGAACAGAGAGAAAAGAGGCAAGAAUGUAGUUCAUCAGUUGUCUGUAUCCUUCGAAGACUUGUAUAAUGGCUCAUCUCGAAGACUUGCACUACAGAAGAGAGUAAUUUGUGACAAGUGUGAAGGUCGAGGUGGUAAAAAAGGAGCAUUAGAAAAAUGUAUGACUUGUAAGGGUCGUGGUGUGCAGAUUAUUGUACAGCAGCUUGGACCUGGCAUGGUCCAGCAAAUACAGACCAUGUGUUCAGACUGUCGUGGAGAAGGAGAGCGCAUAAACCCCAAGGACCGCUGCAAGCAGUGUAAUGGCAAUAAGGUUAUCCCUGAAAAGAAGAUCCUAGAAGUUCACAUUAAGAAAGGUAUGAAAGAUGGGCAAAAGGUUGUGUUUCAUGGAGAAGGGGACCAGGAGCCAGGUCUGGAACCUGGUGAUGUAGUUGUAGUUCUAGAUCAGAGAGACCAUGAUGUCUUCCAAAGGCAAGAUGAUAACCUAAUUACGAAAAUGGAGAUCCAGCUAGUUGAAGCAUUGUGUGGCUUCAAGAAAACACUUAAUACAUUGGAUGGCCGUGUUCUUCUAAUCAAAUCUUACCCAGGUGAAGUGAUAAAACAUGCCCAUGUGAAAUGUAUUCAGAAUGAAGGAAUGCCCCUGCAGAGAGAUCCAUUUGAAAAGGGACUUCUGAUCAUCCAAUUCCUGGUUACCUUCCCUAAAAAUAACUGGCUCCCUCUGAACAAACUACCCCUGUUGGAGGCCUUACUUCCACCCCGAGAAGAGAUAAUGGUAACAGAUGACAUGGAAAUGGUAGAACUAACAGAAUUUGACAUCAGAGAGCAAAGCCAGCAUUACAGAGGAGAGGCAUACCACGAAGAUGACCUUCCCAGGGGUGGUGUGCAGUGUCAAACAUCCUGAGUUAUUUUACAAACUUUACACAUCUUGGCUCAAGAUUAAAUAUGUGUCCUGGUAAAAGAAAAUCACAUUCCAGCAUGUGGCAACUAUGAACUACUCAGGAUCCACUGAACUACUGAGCAAGAAUAAGCUGUGUUUAUUUUAUUUUUUGAAUUGUUUUUUUUUUCCUGUUUCAUUGCUACUUUGACUUUUUACCUGUUUGUACAGUUAUUUAUAACUUUCAUUUGCUUAACCCUUGUAAAGGGUUUCUGUAUUUAUUCUCUUCCCACACAUAAUUUUGUAGGCUGAAUAAUAUUUGCAAUGGUUAUCUUAAAGAAACAAGCUUACUUG